GUGAUUAUUACUACUACUCCUUAUAAUCACGACAGAUAAUCUUGUUCCCAAGCCGACCCAUUUAAAGCCGUGCACAUGGCCCGAGGUUCUCCACUCUUCUCAGCCCGCACGCACCCACCACUCUCUCUCUUUCUCUAGCUAGCUCCUCCUCCUCCUCCUAGUAGUCGAGCACACACUACUACACUACACUAGUAGGAGUAGAACCUAGAGAAAAUGGCGGCGGCUGCUCCGCCACCGCCGACGCCACCGCCAGCGUCCAGCCCCGCGCCACCGCAGGACCCCGCUACCGGCGGCGACGCCCUCGCCUCCUAUCUCGGCCUCAGCUUCGCCUUCUUCCUCGCCUCCCUCCCGGGCGGCACCCCCGCCGCGCGCCACCUCGCCUCGCUCCAGUCCCGCGGCCGCGUCCUCGCCACGCGCCUCCUCGCCGCCGAGGACCAGCUCCGCCAGCUGCGCGCGCGCCGCCGCGACGACGCCCGCGCCAAUGCCCGCGCCGCCGAGAUCUUCGCCGGCCACCGCGCCUCCUGGAUGGACAACGAGCGCCGCCUCCUCGCCCGCGCCACCGCCGCCACCGACGAGGCCGCCUCCCUCCGCGCGCGCCUCGCCGAGGCCGAGGCCGACGCCGCCGCGCUGCGCGCCCGCGUCGACCGCCUCGAGCGCGAGGCCGCCGAGCGCGACGAUCUCAUCAACGCGCUCCUCGCGGCCACGCGCGCCGCCGAUGCCGACCUACGCUCCACCGACGACGACCCGGAGCCGCGGGACGCGGAGCAGCACCACCACCACCAGCCGGCGGCUGCGGCGUUGGAUUUGGAUCCGGCCGAACCGCGCGGCGCUGACGCCGACGCGGAAGCCCUGGCUGCAGCCGCGGCUCUCUACGCUCAGCAGCGCCAGCAGCAGGAGGGUUUCGGCAGCGACGACUUCUACACGGCGGCGGCGGCGGCGGCGGCCUCGGGAAUGCAGCAGCCAUGGAUGGAGCGAUCAAAAGGGUGGCAGGACCUGAAGUAUGAAACGGCUGAGCCGAUGUAUAACACAAAACAUGCUGUACCACGGAGAGAAUCACCUUGGAAGGUGGAUGUGGAAUCGUCAGGAGUUCCUGCAAAGCUUCAACUGCUUGAGCAGGAAUUAAUUAACCUGGAAAAGAUUGGAAAUGGAGACUUAUCCAAGAUACCAUUGGUGAUGAGAAAGCAAGUGAAAAGAUACCAAACUCUUGCUGGGAAGAUUGAUGAUCUUUGCAAAAGAAUGCAAACAAGUGACCCCUGUGAUUCAACACUGAGCUCAGAGUUUAGAACACAGAGGCAAACAGAAUACUUGCUGGAAGCAUUCCACCUUCAGCACCGAGCAACUGAAACUAGGCAGAAGCUCAGUGCACUGCAAGCAGAGACUGCAAAAGGAAGUUUUGGUGAUGAACUGACAGCAGAAGCCAAAAUGAGCACAAGAAGAGCACUGAGUUCAAUUCGGAACAACUUCAAGGAAAUUCAGCGUAGCCUAGAGAUUUGGUUGGCAAGAAUUCUGGGAGACCUUGAGGGCAUGUUAGCAAGGGACGGGGCAUCACGCAUAAGGGAGUACUUUUUGUCUCCCUACGCAUCAGCUGUUCGAUGAUAAUCUUAGAGCACUCUGGUCGGCACAUUAAUUCAUCUUCAUCAGGUAAAGUAUGGAUGAAGUUCAGCAUGUGAAAUCGCAGAUACCCUUGGGUCUUAAUAGGUAUUCUUGCAAACAUUGGAAGGUAUGAAGAGAAGUGAUCUUAGACCAUACUGAUAUUUUCACUGAUUUCUUUUGAACCAAAGGAGAAACAAAAGAUUGGUUUAGGAUGUCUAUUUUAACUUCCUAUCCAGAGUUUUUCUCCUCUCCUUGCCGGUUACAUGUUUUGACACAAAUUGGUCGUGUCCUAGAUCACUUUUCUUCACAUUUAUCCAAAUUGCUGUUGAGGAUUCCACUGGACAAGGGUGUGCGCGAACUUGCAUGAAGUGGAGCAUUCACAGUGUGUACUACAGAUGCCCUACAUUAGUUUGCACAUAGACAUCGAUCAGUUGGCGGUGUCAAUGUGCAUUACCGCAGUUCAUUUGGUUAGUAAUUGUACAGGUUUAUGCUUAUGCCUCUGAUAAAUGCUCUAGUCUGUAUUAAUCUUGCUAGCUUACAUUUACCGAUUUAUGUACAUUGUAAUUUUUUUGAUCGUUGGGCCAACAUGCGGUGUAAAUGCUGGAUCACUUUGGCUGUUGUAUGAAACUAUCAUGUGUGAUUCGUAGCUUCA